AUGAUGGAUGCUUCUGAAAUUGGACUUAUCCCAGUUCAUCAACAACAGCAACCGAGAAGUGAGUCCCACGAUCUUUCAAUUCAACCUACUACACCUGAAGCCCCGCCUACUCUUAGUCUGAAUUCACCACCUGUUGGUUCUCCAAUGAUGGAUAAUCAUCCAUCGCCGGCUAGUUUGGGCAAACUCGAUGACAACACCAUGCGACAUUCUCAUCCGCAUUCAGUUCAUACUCCUGAAGGGGGAAGUGCCAUGAAUCUGAGCGGUCAAAUCAAGCGAAAGCGUGGACGUCCAAGGAAGUACAACUACGAUCCCGCUUUUCCCCCUCAAGUUCCCGUCACUUCUGCCCGCUUGAGUCUUCCCGCUAGUCUUACGGAUAUGAAGGCAGCUGGGUUGAUGUCAUCGGCAUCUGAUGCAGAGCCGGCCAAAAGAGCUCGAGUCGGUCGUCCACCUUUAAAAGAAACCCCUAAAAGUCCUAAUGUAGAUAUUUCGGAAUCUGCUGUCGCUGCUGAUGCAAACGGAGAGCAUCAGGAAAAAUCUAAGGUAAAUCAGCAUCACCAACAUUUGGCUUCUCAACAGCAAGAAAAUAAUCAUCCACAGCAGCAACAGCAGCAAAAUCACUCCUCAGUUCAACACCAUGCACAAAAACCUUUGUCGAACAAUGAGACCAACAAACACCAAGCUGCUGCUGCGAGAUCAGCGACACAGUCUUCAACGAUAAUAGCUUAUUCUUUGCCCAUAAACGGACACGGGUCAGCAAUUGGCCUAACCACUUCAGCCACAGUAACAGAUGCCUCUGCUCCUAGCCAGGCUCUUUCAUCUGUUCCUCAAACAACCUCAAAUGUUGCAACGGGUACUGUAUCGAUGAAAGCUGCGUUGAUGAUGGACUACUACAAUAGUCCUUUCAUUACGACGCAAUUUAGCGGUCCGGCAGCGGCUUUAAUGUCUCCUCCGCCCCCUACAAAUUUACCCACUCAAUCUCCAAAUCCUGCCUCUGCUUAUUCUACUGUGGAUAUCAAUCUCCUGUAUAGGCUUUUACCGCAAGUUACUGCUGCCGUAACAGCCACUCGAUCUGGCGGCUAUCCUGGUCCUCAUACUUGGACCAAAGAAAUGGUCGCUUCUUUUAUUUCCAUGCUCUCUGGAUGCCAGAACGCUGCCUCUGCGUUUAUUGAGAACGAUAUCGAUGGGCAAGCGCUGUUGGUUCUCGGUCAACAGGACCUUAUGACCAACAUGAAGCUAAAGUUGGGACCAGCUGCAAAAAUUGCUGGAGCGAUAAGGACACUCCGGCAUGCAUUUAUGUCACUCCCCGCGGUUGACUUGUCUGCGGACCAGGCAGCGGCUGUGAGCUCUGCGAAUAGUCGUUUUCCAGCAUUGGGAACGGCGUCGUCUGCUUUAACGGGGAAUAACUCCCUUAUGCUGAAUGCCCCCUUUUCAAUCAAUAGCCUUAACGGCAAUGGAGACAAUCAGAUCGGACACUAA